CUCUUAAGCCCCCCAAAAAGCCGAACCCAUACCCUCAGCAAGCCACGAACACCUCAGGAUCCCCCUCCGUUUCUCCCCGCAGCCAUCGCGGGCUCUCCCCGCGGCGGGGCCGCUCCGCUCCUCCCCGGGUCAGCUGACGGCGGCGGCGGCGGUCCCGUCAUGGCCGCCCGGAGCGGCGCGGCUGAGGCGCUGGUCCUGCUUCUCCUCUGCUUCGGAGCCCUGGAGGGAGCAGCGGGCUCGGAGCCGCCGCUCAAGUGCGAGGAGCUGCGGCUGGGGCAAUAUAUGUGUGAUGAGCCUAAAAUAGACAAUAGCACACAAGAACCAAUGAAUUGCACAAAUCACACAGCAUAUGUUCAAUGUCUGCCAGCACCAAAUAUUACUUGCAAAGAUCACCUUGGCAUAGAGAAAGUCUUUACGGGACAUGAAGUUGGAUUUUACAAGCCCAUUGAGUGUCGCAAUGUAAAUGGAUACUCCUACAAAGUGGCAGUGGCUCUGUCCUUAUUUCUUGGAUGGUUGGGAGCAGAUAGAUUUUAUCUAGGAUAUCCUGCAUUAGGUUUGUUAAAGUUCUGCACUGUAGGGUUUUGUGGAAUUGGGAGCCUAAUUGAUUUCAUACUUAUUUCAAUGCAGAUCGUUGGCCCUUCCGACGGCUCCAGCUACAUCAUCGAUUAUUACGGGGCCAGGCUGACCCGGCUCAGCAUCACCAAUGCAACCUUCAGGAAAAUGCAGACCUACCCCUAAUAUCCCUAACUCUGGCAGGGAGUGCCACAAAUCCACAGGUGCAGCUGGUUUUUACAGCUGGAUCCACUGGAAUUGCUGAGGAUUUGCUGAUCACCCCUCGUCAGAACGGAAUAUUAAAUGCACGGUGAACAAAGAUGAUAAAAUGUGAAAGUUCCUCACGUGGACAGGUUUACCUCAAAGUGGAACUUUGGGACUGCUCUGUUUCUGGGAGCAGAGGGUUUUGUUGCUGAGUUACAUCAUCUGUGAAACGUGCAGACUGUUGCAAUUUGCACUGGAGUUGUGUCUGUUUCAUUUAGAGUGUUACAGAGAGCUGCAGAGAGAGUUGUUCAUAAUAAAUAUGCAGAUAUUUAUUCCAUUGAAAUUUAUAAGAGUUUUAGCAUGGAUACACCUGGGGGUCUGUCCAUGUGGCAGUUUGGAAAUUUACUUAAAUAUCCCCAACCACACAAACUGCCUUUUUUUUCCCCAUCCUGUUAAGACCCAAAUCUUAGGCUGGUGUAGCCUGUGAAAUUGUGUUAAUUAAAACAAUUAUUUCUUUAAAUUUUAGUCAAGUUGCAAAAUUUGGUCAAGUUCUGAUCGACAGUAGAAAUAUGGAUGUGUACCAAAAUAGAACUGUAGAUGACAUAUCACAAAAAAAGAAGGGUGGAUGUUGGGGUGCCCUGAGGUUAGAAGAACAAAUAAUUGUACUGCUUAUUUUGUUUUUUUUUUUCUUUCCUCUCUUGCAACCAUCCAUAGUGAAAUAAAUAUCUUUUUUCUUCUGAAAA